AUGAAGUUCUCCCAGGCCGUCUCUAGCAGCCGACGCAAGUCGCGCAAGUCCCACUUCACGGCAGACUCGUCUUCGCGGCGCAAGAUCAUGUCAGCCUCUUUAUCAAAGGAGCUGCAAGCGAAGUACAACGUCAGAUCUAUCCCCGUUCGUAAGGAUGAUGAGGUCAUGGUCGUUCGCGGUAUAUACAAGAAUCGCGAGGGCAAAGUUACGGCCUGUUACCGUCGGAAGUUCGUAAUCCAUGUUGAACGAAUCACGCGGGACAAGGCAAAUGGUGCCCAGGUGAAUGUUGGCAUUCAGCCUUCUAAUUGCAUCAUCACGAAACUUAAGCUGGACAAAGAUCGUAAGACGAUUCUUGGACGCAAAGACCGAUCGAAGGGCGGAGCUGUCGAGGGUGCGAAUCUCGCCGGUGUUGACUAGUGUUCUUCAGAGCGCAUGUUCAAGGCCGAACGCACGAUGAACAAGUAUACAACAAAAUUCGAUGCGCCGCAAAACAAAUUGCACCGCCUUCGUCAUUCAGGUUUCCCUUUAGUUAUAGAGACCUGCGGCUUCCGUGGGGCAAUUCCUGCGAGCGGAAGCCGGGUGGUCGGGAGCGCACGAUGUGCUGGACAUCAAAAACUCCUCCCAAGGCGCGCGCGGACAUCAAAAAACACCGGGCCUGUGUUCACCGCCCCCUUGCCUUGGCGUGCUUAAGUUCCUGCGAUCGC